AGUCCAUCCCCUCUCAUACUCCUCCAAAUGUUGGAGAUUAGCAAUCUCAGUUCUUGAUUAAUAUCCCUAAAACCCCUUUUUUAAGAGGGUUCAUUUAUUGUUUAAUUAGUUAUGAUCUUCCAUGCCUCUUUCUUGCAUUAAUUUAUGUCACAUUGAUCAAGAUUUUAAUGUUUUUGGAAGAAAUGAGGAUUGUUGAUGGGGUCUAAUAAUAACAAUAUAUGUAACGUCAUCCCACUGAUGUCUUGGUUGUUAUUAUUAUUGUUGUUGUUAUUGUUAUCGUCACGAGGAUCGAGUUCUACGUUGGAUCGAGACUCAUUGGAUUCAUAUAUUCAUGAAUAUUCAAUCAAGAAUAUGUCGAAACGAUAUACGGGUAAAUUGUAUGAUAUUCCCCUUCCUACAAAUUUUUCAGGCAUGGAAACUUCAAUUGUUCGUCUUAGAAGUUCAAGUUUUUGGAGAAGAGGGGCUAAUUUUAGCUUCUUUAAAAUCCCACACAGAGUAUUACCAUGGCCUUUUGUUAAGAGAUUUGAUAUAAUUUAUGAAAAUCUUGGGAAUUUGUCGUCCAAAUACUAUGAUGUUACAAAUUACACAUUUGUAACACCUGUUAUAGGCUUUUUAGCAUAUGAUGCAAGAAGAAGCAGAGAAAAUUAUGGAAUGGUUGAGCUCAAUACCAUGGAAAAUCACAUUUUGAUUCAUUUCCCUCCAAACAACGACUACAACAAGAAUAUGAAAUGUGUUAGAUUUGUCAAAAAUGGAACCAUAGAGUUCAGUAAUGUUACAAUGAACAACACAUGUAUAUCGCGAGGACAAGGGCAUUUCGCGAUAGUGGUUCCUUCAUUGAAGCCAGAGGAGGAGAAAAAGGGGAAAUGGAAAUGGUGGGUAAUAGGAUUUGGAGUAGGAAUUGUUGGAUUAAUAUUGUUGAUUGUGAUGGGAAUUUUGAUAUACAAAUGUGUUAGGCUAAAAAAGAGAGGUAAUAUGGAGAGACAAUCUGGAAAAAGUGAGGCUUUGGAUGAUGUUUGGGUUGGGAAUAGCAGAAUGCCUUCUGCUUCAGGUAUCAGAACUCAACCAGUUCUUGAAAAUAGUUAUGUUCCUUGAUUCUAUUUUCUUUUCAACUUUAUAAUUUGUUCUUUUCAAUUCUUGUCUUCUUUCCAUUUUUUGGGUGUAUAUACAUACAUUCAUGUUUAGGAAAUCAAUGUACUUUCUUAAAGUUUUUGCAUGAUUCAAAAAACAAAACACCCUUCAAAGUGAUUGGUGCCACAUAGAUGUGCCUAGUGCGGUUUACUUCCCCGGUGUGAUUUGCAGUUUGCAUAUUACACGGUGAGGGGUUUACCGAGUGCGGGUUAUCCUUG